AUGGCCCGUCAACCCAACCAUCAAAAAGUCAUUCCAGACACCCACCGCAAACCGCUCGAUAGAAGUAAAGCACAAGGCGCAAAAUCAAAACCCAAGACAUCCAAAGUAUCCAAGAAUACAUCGUCACCCAAACAAUCCCGAGAGCAAGCCAAGAAAUUCAUCGUUGUAAAACCAAUUCCAAAGAACGAGGUUCGGAAACUUCAACAAAGUGGUAAAGAUACACGUUCACCUCAGGCCCCAAAACACACUCAUGGAGUUGAAGUUGAAGGUGAAUCUUUUCUUCAGCCUGAGGAUCUUUCUUCUGCUUUCGAAGAAUCCCUCGAAGAAGCCCGAACCCACAUCCUCCGUAUCGGAAAAUCCGCAUUCGAAGAAGCCCACAGCACUCUCCUGCAAAAACUCACCCAGGAAAAAUCCACCGAUCAAUCUUUCCUCCAAGCCAUCUCGCAUAACGCACACGCACUCAGCGUACCCCUAGCCACGCAGAAAAUCCAAAUGACCGUGCAGCAAAAAGGACGGCGCAUAUCCGAAAUCGUGGAGAUCGGUAAGCGUAUUGAGCAAUUCCGACAGACGAUUGAGGAGGAAGAAAAUAAGCUUGAUGGGUAUUGGAAGGAAUGGGAGGGGUUACAGAUGGAGUUCAAGAUGUGUGCGACGCGGGUGUUUGGCGGUGAGAUGUUUGAUGAGGAGGAUGCGGAGGAGGGGUAUCAUGUUGAUAUGUUGUUGUUGGAUAAGGAAUAUAUGGCGCAGAUCAAUGGUUUGGUGGAGGAAGUGGAGGAAGUUGGGAAUGAUGCGGUUAGGAAGAUGAAGGCUUCGGAGAAGGAAAUCGAUGUCAAAACAGACAAAGUACGACAAAGAAUUGUAGGAGCAAUGAUGUGGUGA